GCGCGGCCUGCGCGCCCUGCGGCUUCUAAGGCGGCCGUUGGCCGUUCGCGAGGCUUGGGCGGUUGUCUUGGAGAAGCAAGAUGGCGGCAACGACGGCCGCGGUGGUGGCCGAGGAGGACACAGAGCUGCGGGACCUGCUGGUGCAGACGCUAGAGAACAGCGGCGUCCUGAACCGCAUCAAGGCCGAACUCAGAGCCGCUGUGUUUUUAGCGCUAGAGGAGCAAGAAAAAGUAGAGAAUAAAACUCCUUUAGUCAAUGAGAGCCUGAAAAAGUUUUUAAAUACGAAAGAUGGUCGUUUAGUGGCUAGUCUUGUUGCAGAAUUUCUUCAAUUUUUUAACCUUGACUUUACCUUGGCUGUUUUUCAACCUGAAACUAGCACAUUUCAAGGUCUUGAAGGUCGAGAUAAUUUAGCCCGAGAUUUAGGUAUCAUUGAAGCAGAAGGUACAGUGGGUGGACCGUUAUUAUUAGAAGUGAUUAGACGCUGUCAGCAGAAAGAGAAAGGGCCCACUGGUGGGGAAGGUGCACUGGAUCUGUCUGAUAUACACUCUCCACCAAAGUCACCAGAAGGAAAAACAAGUUCAAAUACAAUCCCAAGUAAGAAGGCCAGCAGUGAGGCCAGUCAGAGUGACACAAGUAUCUCCUUAUCAGAACAGAAGAGCAAGAGCAGUCUGCACUCAUUGACCCAUGAAACAAAAGUUGGAUCUUUCUUAAGCAGUGCCACUUUAGACGUCAAAGACAAAGCUGGCCUUUGUCCAGAUGAAGAUGAUAUGGAAGGAGAUUCUUUCUUUGAUGAUCCAAUUCCUAAACCAGAAAAAACUUAUGGUUGGAGAAGUGAACCAAGGAAGCAGGUGGGAAGCCUGGCCUCGCUCUCUGAUGCACCCCCCUUAAGGAGUGGGCUCAGCUCCCUGGCAGGAGCCCCUUCAUUAAAAGACUCUGAGGGUAAAAGGGGAAGUAUGGUUUUGAAAGAUCUGAAAUUGAUCAGUGAUAAAAUUGGAUCACUUGGAUUAGGAAAUGGAGAAGAAGAUGACUAUAUUGAUGAUUUUAAUAGUGCCAGCCAUCGCUCAGAACAAAGUGAGCUAAGUAUUGGUGAACAGAUUGAAGAAGACCUUUCCACAGGAGUAGAUGACAUCAACACCAGUGAUAAACUCGAUGACCUCACACAAGACCUGACUGCCUCCCAGCUCAGUGACAUUGCAGACUACCUGGAAGAUGUGGCGUAGACACGAAGAAGGAAGUAUUCUGAUUGACAGAGACAGGACUGAUCAGCUCCAUUUUUUUUUUUUUUUUUUUUCAGACAAUCACUUUUUGCUGGAAUGUCUACUCCCUGUUGGUGCCUUCCAUUUCAAAAAAGACUGCACAUAUUUUUAAAAAUUAACUUCAUUUUACUAAACAAAAUACUUCCUAUAUGAGCCCAUGUGUGGAAGAUUUAAUAUUCUUAAUUUGGUUUAGCUUGACAUUUCUCUAUGAAAAUUGAGAACACUCAAGUUCAUUACAGGGAGGGAACUUCUGUGUUAAGAGAAUAAAGAGAGGUGUCAGUAGAGUCAUAGGUUCAC